CUACGAGUAUAUCUCUCCAACUUCAUAAAAAAAAAUGGGUGUACCUGCAGGAAACGCUGAGAAUGGCAAGAAGAUCUUUUUCCAGAGAUGUGCACAAUGCCACACAGUAGAGGCUGGCGGCAAACACAAAGCAGGCCCCAACCUCCACGGCUUCUUCGGACGCAAGACUGGACAGGCCUCCGGAUUCUCAUACUCAGAUGCCAAUAAGGCCAAGGGUAUCACCUGGAAUGAGGACACCCUGUUCGAAUACCUGGAGAACCCCAAGAAAUACAUCCCCGGAACCAAAAUGGUGUUCGCCGGUCUGAAGAAGGCCAACGUACGCGCGGACCUCAUCGCGUACCUCAAGAGCGCGACUAAGUAAUCAAAUAAAUUAUCAGGAAAAUUACAGAAUCAGAAUCAUUUUCCAUUAUGUUACUGGAAUCUACUUCUGUUCAUAGCCCAAUCAGUAUCAUUUAACUAAUGUACUCGUAUUUGCAAUGUUACUUAUUGCACAAUAGUUACCUAUUUCAUGUCAUCAUACCUAGGGUAUAAAUGUGAUUAUGUGAUCAGACAUUUAUUUAUUAAGAAUAGGUGUUGUUCUGAGG